AUGACGAAACUAAUAUUGUCCACGGCAAACAUUAUUUCCGGAGGACCCUCGUUUCUUCGGAAGCCCGGCACCUUUAGGUCAAACCUCGAGCUCACAAAUUCAUUAAGAAGCAACUUCCUUGCCGCGCAGCAGGAUUAUUCAGACGCGCUGACCCAGUCGGAUGGUAACGCGAAUGGUAACGCGAAUGGCCAGACGAAUGGCGCAAACGGUACCUCGAAUGGCGCGAACGGCAAGCAUGCAAAUGGCCCCGGCUCGCGCCGCCCCGCUGCCGACAUCUGGACAGAACGAGAUGGGUCCGCACUCUACGUGCCUCGCAUAAGCUGGCCAGUUGCGGGGCUGCAAGAAGACCGAAGUUCAUACGACAUCACCGUCAAGCUCUUCUUCUUACCCGACGCUCCCGUGCACGAGCGGGAGCGAUACGUAAUGGAGGCCUUGGCCCUCGUACAGAAGGAGUUGAGUAUAGCGACUAUCGAUCUCUUAAUCGCCUCCUUUCCCGGCAUGUCUUUCGAGGGAGACUGCGAAUGGGAUGCGGAUAAGAAAAACGCUAGCCAGGGCAACCUGGAAGAGGAAGUAGCGACGUGGGCCAUCCUCGAGGAGCUCUAUCAUCAGGGGGUGUCUGUCCGCCCCAUUGUCGACCAGAUCAAUGUUCGAGAUUGCUGCAAUGUGCCUCCGCCCUUGGCCAAGCUUGCCGCAGACGAGAAUAUCGAGCUUUACGUCCAUGCCGACUGUACCGACAUACUUCCCAGCGGAACCAUCCGGGAUCUUCUAGGGCACGGAGCCCAGGGCGCGGGAGUUUUGUCCGACGCCGAUGAGGGCGUUGCAGGUUUGCAUGGCGACAUCAUCCCUCAGUGGGUUGUCAAAUAUACGGCAUUCGUCAAAUACAGGGGCGUGAUUGAAAACAAGGGAUACUUUGCCGGCGCGGAAAUCAUAGACGGAUGA